UUAACCGAGACCAAGUCGUUGAAGGACAUACAUGAGAAAUAUCAGGAAAAGGAGAAACGCCUUAAGAAGUUACUGCACGAGAUCGGAACGUUGAGAUUACAGGUGAGACCGUACAAUGUCACUAUCCUGUAACGUUUAUCGUUAAACAGUCUAAAAGUUUCCAAGUGACGUUAAAAGAAAAUGAAGAAUUGAUCGCUUCGGAGGGACGAGUGUCGUCGCUCAUCGAAUGUCAGGAAAAAAGAUUAAAGGAGAGAGAAGAAAUGGCCUCUCUGUGUUUUCAAGUAAUAAACCGUAGUACGCGUUGUGCGCAUUGUAAAUACAACGUUGCGUUUAAUAUUAAUCAUUUUCGUUAGGUCACUUGUCGACAGUUAAAAUUGCACAUGCGCCACUGCGGUAAUCUAUAUCUACGAGAACAUAAAAACAACGGCGAGGGUUUAAUGAAAAUUUGUCAGACGACUCUGGAGGAAUCAUUGUGUCCUUUCGCGAAUAAGUAAGACGUUCGAAUUUCCAUAAACGUAUAUUGCCAUCAACGUUCCCCAUUGAUUAGUGUCACAGGUAUAACGGGGAUACUAUUGUAUCGGGUUACGGAGAUUUUUCACAAGGAGAUCAGCGAGUAUCGUAUUUGGAACGAUCAAGUUGAGGAUUUAUGCAAAAACGAGAAUGGUUCGAAGCUUCUAGCCAUUGUACCAGGAGUACGAAGUAUUCGGGAAUGGCCGAUGAACGUGCUCAAGCGCGGAUUUUAUAAACAAGUAGCGAAACUAAUCUGUAAACCGCCGUACUUUUUUCUUUUCUUUUCUUCUUCUUCUUUUUUUUCUUUUUUUUGUCCUUUUUCUUUGAUCUUUUUUUUCUAGAAAAGAAUCCGCCUAACGAAUUGUUCGGCCAUUGCCGACCUUAAAUUUCACGAGAAACUUUCAAAGCGAGAGAAGACAAAGGCAGAUCCCUGCGAGAAACGAAGGAUUUCUAUACUUUUGCGCGUACCUUUUCAUCGUUGUACCGUGACGUAAGUAUCCCUAUUUCUCGAUUCGUGACAGCUUGAAUCGCAUCUGAAUCGACGUACGCGCGGUUAAGGGAACGAUACACCGACGAAUUUCAUCGAGCGAAAGCGAGGCAAUGCGAGAACGUUCACCGACCGUGCCAAAUGUACGUUCUGACGAGAGAAGCAAACUUGUCGGACGCGAUAUUCGUGGCCGAAUACGAAUAUGUAUUCGAGGUAUUGAAAUAUCUGUAAGCGCACAUACAUUGUACGUUACGUACUGGGCGUAUAAUGAAAAAAAGAAAAAAAGAAAAAAUCUUGUACCGCAUAGAACGAUUCGAUCGAGAACGAUAGGAGGGAGGAGAAAAUAGAAUGGGGUGCGAUGAUGCAUCCACCGGCGUCCUCGUCGUUCGAACGUUUAACCAAACGCAAGAUCUCGUUGUGCCUUAGAAUCGACGAGGAGAAACUUUUGACAUUGAGGAAGAUAUGUUUAUCCGGGCAAGGUAUAAAGGGCCUGCUUGAGUAUUCACUCGAAUUGCCGAACUUGAGCGAACUCGAUCUUUCCUACAAUCGUCUCGAUGAAUUUCCAAAUUGGCGAAUGAUCGUUCACGUUAAGAAAAUGAACGUCAGUUUCAACGACAUACGGUCGAUCAAGAUGAAGGAAAAAUUGUUCGCGUUGGAGGAGCUUGACCUUUCGUGGAAUUGUCUGACGAAAUGCAGAAAGAGUCUCGAAACGUUGAAAACAUUCGUUCCGAGCCUAAAGACAUUGAACCUUGAAAGAAAUCCUUUCUCCGACAUUGUCGAACGCGAUAAAAUUGUCCUAUUGACCGGUAUAUACUUUCCCAAUAGGACCGAGGAUAACUCGUUGGAAGGUAAAUCGUUGGUAAAUGAAAAGAUUUACGGCCUAAAGGUAAUCCGCAAUACUUUGGCGGAGCUUUACGAUGGUCGACAAACGACCAUUCCUAUGUCCCACUCCCCGAUUGGCCGGGUGCACCUGAAGAAGCCGUCGGUGCAUUUGACACGAUUACAUCUGAUCGACAAUUGCAUAACCGAUCUCGACGGUCUUACGCAGGAACACUUGCCGAGAUUGAAGUGCCUCGAUCUUACGAACAAUCUGAUAACGUCCUUGCGACCGAUGGGCUCGUACAAGACGAUAAUUGAGUUUUAUUGUGCCCACAACGAGAUUAGGAGAUUGCACGAAAUCGAGAAUCUUAAAAACUGGGAAAAAUUACAAAUCGUCGAUCUUAGCUACAAUCCGAACGAAUCCGCGAUUUCUUACAACGAUUUUCUCAUAUUUCAUUUGAUCGAUCUAAAGGUAAUAAUUUUCCACGUUAAUUCGUUCAACUAAGUUCGCUUCUCGUUUAUUUCCCAUCUAACCUCCUCCCUCAGUAUGUUUCCGGACAAUGCGUGGAAAGGUCAAGCAUCGUGGAAGCGAGAAACGUCCUUGGUAAUAUAUUGGAUCAAACGAUGUUGCUGACGAUGAAUCUCGCUGAAAAAUUGACGAAUAUCAGACAAUUGGACAUCGUCAGGUGUUCCAUAAAAAAGGUCGCUUUCGAACGAGCAAACUGUUUGAAAAAUCUUUGAAAAUAUUUUCCGUCGUUCUUUCACAGAUAAAUUUACCGUCGUAUUUGUUACCUCACUUGGAGAGCUUGGAUCUGAGUAGAAAUCA